GCGCGUGCCCAGCUGUUUUGCGCCUGCGUUGAAAAGCCAAGCGUUCUCCCCGACUCCGGCCAUACUCAGGACUAUAGUGUGCGCAUGCGUGCUCUUGCUGCGCUCCUCUGUCUGUCGCCGUUAUCACUAUGGAAGUCAGCAGCAGAAUUGAGUGUAUCUUUUUCAGUGAAUUCCACCCAACACUUGGGCCUAAGAUAACAUAUCAGGUACCAGAGGAUUUCAUUUCCCGAGAACUCUUUGAUACAGUUCAGGUCUAUAUCAUCACCAAACCUGAACUGCAAAACAAGCUCAUCACUGUUACAGCUAUGGGGAAAAAGCUAAUUGGUUGCCCAGUUUGCAUUGAGCAUAAGAAGUACAGCCGGAAUGCCUUGCUCUUCAACCUUGGCUUCGUUUGUGAUGCUAGAGCUAAGACUUGUGCACUGGAGCCUAUAGUGAAGAAACUGGCAGGUUAUCUUACCACUCUAGAGCUUGAGAGUGGCUUCAUUUCCACUGAUGAGAGCAAACAGAAGUUGAUACCCAUCAUGACCAUCCUACUUGAGGAACUAAAUGCCACUGGCAAAUGCACUCUUCCUAUAGAUGAAUCAAACACCAUUCACCUGAAAGUGAUUGAGCAACGCCCAGAUCCCCCCAUUGUGCAGGAAUAUGACGUUCCUGUCUUCACCCAAGAUAAGGAUGACUUCUUCAAUUCCCAGUGGGAUCUCACCACUCAGCAGAUCUUGCCAUACAUUGAUGGUUUUCGGCAUGUUCAGAAAAUCUCAGCUGAGGCAGACGUGGAGCUCAAUUUGGUUCGAAUUGCUGUCCAGAAUCUCUUAUACUAUGGAGUAGUGACUCUAGUUUCCAUACUUCAGUACUCAAAUGUAUAUUGUACCACACCUAAAGUCCAGGAUCUGGUGGAUGACAAAUGUCUUCAAGAUGAAUGCCUCUCUUAUGUCACAAAACCAGGUCACAAGCGAGCCAGUUUGAGAGACAUUUUCCAGCUCUACUGUGGGCUGAGCCCUGGCACAACUGUACGAGACCUCAUUUGCCGCUACACCCUACAGCUCCAGAGAGUGGAUGAAAGGAAGCUCGUCCAGUUUGGCCUGAUGAAGGGCCUUAUUCGACGGCUCCAGAAGUAUCCUGUGAAAGUAGCCCGGGAUGAAAGAAGUCAUCCAGCCAGACUGUACACAGGUUGUCAUAGCUAUGAUGAAAUCUGCUGUAAAACAGGGAUGAGCUAUCGGGAGCUGGAUGAAAGGCUGGAGAAUGACCCCAAUAUAAUUGUUUGCUGGAAAUGAGUCUCCAAAAAGGGGGGCGAUUAUUCAUCAUGUCCUGUUUACUACUGUGCUGCCUGGGACUGCUCAUGAUUUCUUCAGAAAUCAUUAAAAGCAACAUAGCUCAAAUUGUGUUGCAUGAUGCACCAUUGGUGCCUGGAACAAGUGAGCUGGAUGGACUUGGAUUUCUUUGGAUUGUUUAGCGAAGAUACACGUUUUAGUGAAGGUCACAUUUGUCUGGGCAAAACACACAGAUGUAUAUCAAGAAGUUUCGGGAGUUCCAUUUUCGUUUAAAAAAUAAUUAAACCAAGUUUUGCAAUGCUAUGAAGUUGAGCAGUGGGGCAGGUGACUGCUUAAACCUAUUCCCAGCUACCCAUGGCGUUAUGGAUGUGUGUUUACAAGGCUGAAAUGCUGGUUGUUAUUAAUCUGGCAGUAUUAUCCUGUAGUAGCAAGAAAUCACAUAAUUCCUUUCCUUGUGUAAAGCAUUGAAGGAAAAAGUUCUGUAACAUUGUACAAUAAAACAGAAAGAUAAUUGCA